UUUUAAGCAUGAGCCACGGGAGAGCAUAUGGUUCGUACCCGCCGCUGCCGAGAGGAAGUGUUGCUUUGUGCCGUGCAGGCGGCGCUCUAGCUGUGGCGGAAGGAGAAGAAGAAGGAGAAGGAGAGAGGAGAGAGGGAGCAGGUUGCCAGUUCGUUGCCCAGCCCACCGUCUUCUCUCUCCUCUCGCCGCCGCCUGUAAGGGAAAAACCGGAGCGAGAAGGAGGAGGAGGAGGAGGAAGGAAGGAAGGAGAAAAAGGUAGAGGAGGAAGAGGAGGAGGGGAAGAACAGUAGGAAGGGACGAGGAUAAGGAGCAGGAGGAUAAGCAGAAACCGAGCAAGCCGCCACAGCCUCCACAGCCACAGCCGCUGUUGAUGCUGCUGCCGUUGCCACAGCCGCCGUUGUUGUCGUUGACGCCGCAAUGGCCGCUAAAUCCGACGGGGUGCUGAAGAUGAAGAAGAGCGACGUGGCGUUCACGCCUCUGCAGAACUCGGACCACUCGGGCUCCGUGCAAGGGCUCGCCCCGGGCUCGCAGCCGGACUCGGGCGCCGGCGAGGCGGACUUCAACGUGAACGGGGGCUCGCGCUGCUGCGGCGGCGGCGGCGGCGGCGGCUCCUCCAACUCGACGUGCCUGGGCAGGGAGCGGCAGCGCUACACGGUCUGGGACUUCUUGUGGAUUCUGGCCGCGGUGGCCGUGUACUUCGCCGACGUGGGCACGGACGUGUGGCUGUCCGUCGACUAUUACCUGCGCCGAGACUACUGGUGGUUCGGCCUGACGCUGUUCUUCGUGGUGCUCGGCUCGUUCUCCGUGCAGGUCUUCAGCUUCCGAUGGUUCGUGCACGACUUCAGCACGGCUGAGGGCUCGGGCUCCUCCUCUUCUUCCUCGGGCUGCUCGCACAUGGACGGCGGCGGAAAGCUGCUGAGCUGCUCGGCUUCGCACGGCGACGUGGGCGCAGCGCACCCGUCCACGCCUCAGCGGCAAGCCAGCACGGCCAGCAAGAGCAACACCAACACGGCCACUACCAACAGCAGCAGCAACAGCAGCAGCAGCACCGCCGCCAACGCAGCGCGGACUAAUCAGAAGCGCUCGGCGUCCUGCUCCUUCUGCAUCUGGCUGCUGCAGUCCGUCAUUCACAUCCUGCAGCUCGGACAGAUCUGGAGGUACUUUCACACCAUCUACCUGGGCAUCCGGAGCAGGCAGAGCGGGGAGAAUGACCGCUGGAGGUUCUACUGGAGGAUGGUGUAUGAGUAUGCCGAUGUCAGCAUGCUCCAUUUGCUUGCCACGUUCCUGGAGAGCGCCCCCCAGCUGGUUCUUCAACUCUGCAUCAUCAUACAGACGCAUAAGCUACAGGCCGUACAAGGAAUGACAGCAGCAGCCUCUUUGGUCUCCCUGGCCUGGGCGCUGGCCUCCUACCAGAAGGCACUUCGUGACUCACGUGAUGACAAGAAGCCCAUCAGCUACCUGGCGGUCAUCAUCCAGUUCUGCUGGCACUUCUUCACCAUCGCUGCCCGUGUGGUAACCUUUGCCCUCUUCGCCUCAGUGUUCCAGCUCUACUUUGGUAUCUUCAUCGUGCUGCACUGGUGCGUCAUGACCUUCUGGAUUGUUCACUGCGAAACAGACUUCUGCAUCACCAAGUGGGAGGAGAUCGUCUUCGACAUGGUGGUGGGCAUCAUCUACAUCUUUAGUUGGUUCAACGUCAAAGAGGGCCGUACGCGCUGUCGCCUCUUCGUCUACUAUUUGGUCAUCUUACUGGAGAAUGCAGCACUUAGCACCCUCUGGUACCUGUACCGGAUCCCAGCCAGCACUGACGCCUUCGCCGUUCCUGCACUCUGCGUCAUCUUCUCCAGCUUCUUGACGGGCGUGGUCUUCAUGCUCAUGUACUAUGCCUUUUUCCACCCCAAUGGGCCGCGCUUCGGACGCUCCUCCAGCCUCACCCAGCUUGACGAAGCUUCGGCUGCUUUCGCCAUGCCUUCAGAGGGUGCCACCAACUCCUUGCGCUCCAAUCGGGGUGGCACGCUGGCGCGGGACGCUGACCGUGAGGCCAAGUAUGCCACUGAGCGGGAUGGGUGUGUGCCCGUCUUUCAGGUGCGUCCAACUGCCCCAUCUACACCGUCAUCCAGGGCACCUCGACUGGAAGAGACCGUGAUUAGGAUAGACCUAUGCCGGAAUCGCUAUCCGGCCUGGGAGCGGCAUGUUCUGGACCGCAGCAUACGCAAGGCCAUCCUGGCUAUCGAUUCCUCGCCAACGCCCCCUAGGCUGCAGUACAAGGACGACACUAUGGUCCAGGAGCGUCUGGAGUAUGAGACCACUUUGUAGCUCACGCUGUGGAAACACAAACACACAUGCUAUCCCACAUAGAUUAGCAUCCAUUAACAGCAGGACUGUGGCAAUAACAUUAUUACUAGUGGAGUGUACUGUUGAGAUGGUGCGUAGCGUCCAACCCAGCCCAUGAUGUUGAUUGUCAUGGACUGCAAAAAUGAACAAAAGACAAAACGGUAAAUGAGUACAUGGAUGGACGAGGAAAAUAAGGAACAGCGUGUUUGUGAAUGGAAGGAUGCUUGUCUUUUUUAAACUGUAUGACGUUUUGGGUUCCAUCAGUAUGGAUUUCUUGUCUCCCACCCUUGUUUUUAUUACUCACUUCUCGUCAGGGAAUAAAUCGUUUUUUUAGGACCCGUUGUACCCGGUCCCGUCUACUAAGGUCCAUUUCCUCCUCUGCAUUGUACAGGUGUCUGGAAAUCACCAACUUUAAACACUACAGGCCAUUCAAAGGUAACGAAUGCAACACUUCUCCACUGGCUUCUACUGUACUGAGUUCUGCAGGUUCUCCUGGUCAAUACCCUUACUCUUCAUAAAGGCCUUGCGUCCACCAGUCGUUCACGCAUCAGUGGAUUUAAAACCAUGUAGACACGACAUGACAUGGCUACCUGUCGUGCUGGAAGAAACAGGGGGCGGCGCCUCCACAGCAGUACAGCUCACAGAGACGGAACGUCCUUGUCCAGGGUGCUGAAUCCCGCAAACAUCAGCAAAACCUCUCCCAGUGCCAAAAACCUGGAGCCUACUGGACUCCACAGUGGACCGCAAGUCUCUGCCACUAAACUGUACAUAUAUAUAAAAAAAUAACCAGGGCAGCAUUUCAAUCAUCUACUUGAAUCCUGUACAAAAACAAACAAACAAACAAAAAAUAUACAAAAAAAAACAAAAAACAUAUACACGGUCGCCACAUGCUGAAAGGAAGCGACAAGCUCUGUCCUCUUCUCUCCUGAAGGAGACAACACCAGGCCAAGAAAACUCUUUCUGGCAGCUCAGCCUGAUGGCAGUCUUUGGCCGAAACAGAUCUGUGUGGUCCACGUACACACACACACACACACACAAAUUUAUUCAAUUGUUCAUAAGAACGUGUGCUUAUAAAUACGUCUAGAAAUGCGUACCUGUGAAAGUGGAAGACACAACUGACAUACAUACACACACACACAUUACACACCACACACACACACAUAUUAUACACACACUGAGCAAUCUAAAACAGCAUCAGCGGUCACUAAGUGAAGCCAGGAUGAACUUCAGCCUCCAGAAAGAUUAAAGAUACAGUGUUGAUGCUGGAGACGCUGCUCAGUGAGGGGCGAGGACCAUCGCCCUGCACAGUUUACGAUUUUCUCCAGAGGUGGAUAGUCACUAGUCUCACCAGUCCUACAUGACUCCAUGAACCAUUAAUGUCCAAGAACCAUCGUGAACAACAGUCAGAGGAUGAUUCAGGAUGUAAUCAGGGAGUAGGUGAUUCUCAAAACAGAGCAUAAGCGAAAACAGACCCAUGUGAAACAAAGUGGUAUGUUUCUAAAGCAGGGCUGGCCAGAAUAUAUGUAGAAUUCUCAAAUGUUUUUGGUGAUAUGUUGUUUGCCUUUUUCUUUGUUUUUUAAGCUUUACAACAGCAUUUUGCUUUUUUAUGACCUUGAGUAAAUGUAUAGUUAUUAGGGUUCCAUCCAUAAUGAUAGUUUAUGGCCUUCUUCAUGGUUUUCUAGCUCAUGUGGGAUAAUUUCUAGUGCUUUAUAUCAGCCACAUUGAAAAUUUAAUGAUUUCUGGGGUGCAAAUUGAACAAUUCCAAUUCAAACGAAGGCCAAAUACAAAUGUAAUUGAUAUGAAAACUGGCCUCUCCCUAUAUUCGGCAAUUGUGCUUUAAACAUGCAUUUCUGGACAAGCUGAGAGAUACAGAACUGGCACAGAACUGGCACAGUGAGAGAAGCAUGUGGACUGAGGUCAUGCAGCGUUAUAUGCACUUCUCGUGAGCAUGUUCUUGCCCAUUACAUGUUGCUAUAAAGUAGCUUGGUUUAAGCUUGACAAUUCACCUCGCUUCCUUUGACACACUUCGUUCUAAAACAUCUACAUCUGGUUAAACAUUGGGUGGGCUUAUUUUAAGGAAUAGUGUACCCCAGCCUUUUGCCUCACUUCAACCUGCACCUGUAGGCUUGAGUCGAUUGCCUUGGGCAAAGACUCUACUGGUCAACUGGUCGCUGGCUCAAGACACGCUCAAGGUAUAACAGUAGCCAACAGGAAAAUGCUGAAGCAGGUACAGAGCAAGCUACAGACAGCAGACUGAUUUUAGACGGAGUAUUCCUUUAAUGAGUCUCUGAGUUGAAUCAGGCAUGCCUAAGCAGGGUAAACACUAAAAAGCACAGGGCAGGUGUGUGCCAGCUUGAAGCAGGAUCCAUAAAAGCAGCCUCUGAAGGUGCUCUGAACUGAGCUGCAGGCACUGGAGCGUCUCCAGAAAUGGAACACUGUAUCUUUAACUCUGCCAAAAGCAUUCUAUCUAUCUGAAAGGGGGAAAAGGAACAAAGAAAAAAGGACAAGAAAAAAGUUCCCAUCGUUCUCUCUUUUUAAAUUUCAGUUGAAGGUUGCAAGUGCUUCUUACUGUCUUUCGUGUAUGGAAUCAGACGACAUGCUGGCGGAGGCACGUGGAGACGAAACAGUACAACAAGCACAAGGCUUGAGCACGGCGUGAGAAUCUGAGAAUUUGUCCUUUAUUUUGUUGCGUUCGCACUAGGAUGGGUGAGGGGUGGGGCUGUUGAAGAAGAGGGAGGGGAGGGCGGGGUGUACUGUGCAAGUUUGAUGCUCUUGAUGUGCCUGUUGUGUGAAUUGUUGGAAGUCCAUCUCAUCACGUGGGGUUGGAACAGAUUGUGUGGUUUAGAGUGAUUUUUUAUUAGUUUUUUUUGCAUUGUUUUAAAACAGUUUUGUACUUUUGCCUUGUUCUUUUGGAUUCGGAAAGUGUACUUUUUCAUUGUUUAUCUCAUUAAUUAUUGGAUUUCGCUAUGACCUUGGCUCUUGGUUAUGUUGAACUGCACAAGUGGUUUUCGCUGUAUGCCAUUAACAGUGUGAAGAUUCGAUUUUCAACAAUUUAGAUAAAACAAUUUACAAGACUUCAAUGCCCAAGCACUGUUUUUAGAAUACUUUAGCAACUUUUUAGAAUCUUUAGCUUUUAAAAUCUUCUGAAUCUCAUUAAAGGAAUGCUUUGAACGUGAAUUUAAUCUGGUGUAUGUGCAGUGUACACUCAGUUACCACAGACAAUAACAGAAUAAAAUAGUUUACAUUAAAACCUAUAAAAAAAUCAGGUAUGUUCUGAAGCAGGUGCCCGGACAACGAUAGACAAAAGACAAAAAUAAGGAUAGGAUAAGAUUUACAAGAGGAGGUGGGGUCAAAAAAUGUAUGAUUACAUAAACCAGGCCACAAAAUAACCCAAAUAACCCAUAUCCAAUGGAAAAUUAGUUUCCAUUUUUUUUUUCAGAUAUGGAGGCACAUGUGGAAGCAUUUAGUGAAAAAAAGCAUAUGCUGUCCUGUGGUAAAAACACAUGACGCCACCUCCACAUGUAAAAACUAAUCCUUAAAACAAAAGGGAAUAAAAAAUUAGCAUGAGUAGGCCUAGUUAUAGAACGAUUGAAAGCAACAGAUGUGUCAGAUGUUGUAAUGUUGUAACAUGUUAAAGUUAUGUACACCUUCUGGCCUGCUAUCAAAGUGAACUUCUAUGAAAUAUACUUUGAAAUAUCUUCUGGAACGAAUAUAUUAUAUAUAUAUACUAAUAGUAUAUAAGUAUAUCAAUACUAAUGAUAAUAGCAUAUAACAAAAACUGUUAUAGAAGGUCAGAUAACUGUAAUAGGCUUACAAAAUGUCCACCAAUCUGCUUUUUACAGCAUAUUCAUUUUUAUAGCUCACAUUUCGCCAACAUUUUGGACCAAAUAUCCCUGUAAGCGCUUAACUAAAUGGAAGCACAUAAAUGGAGUAACCACUCCCAUCUCUGUCAUCUUAUCAAGAUUUCCUAUCCUGUGCAAAUCAGUCAAAGAUUUUAAUAAGUUGCCCUGCAGUAAGAACAUAUGACUCCCUAUUGGCUUUGAUUAUAAGUAUUCCACUGAUUAAAAAGCGAGUUCCACUGCAGUUCUGUAUAAAAGCCUGCAUAUAGUCUGUGAUGCUAAUGUUACACCUGAUUAGCAUCAUGGUAUAACCAUAGCAUGAGGCACUCAUUGACUUACUAUAUUUUAAAUGAGCUUUUACCUAAAAUGUUCCUUCUCAUUUCUGACCAUAGAGAAACAUAUCAAAUUUAUUGUCUGUGGUAAUGGAUUCAAAUCAAUGGAUGCAUCAGAUAGAUUACUAGUAAAGUUCUAACAUGUUGAAGUAUUCCUUUAACUUCAUGGUCUGCCAUCAAGGUGAAUUGCAAUGUCUUAUGGCAUUAUAUUAGUAUAUCAAUAUUAACAAUAAUAACAGUUAAUAAAGACAGCUAUAGAAGUUCAGAUGACUUAAAUAGGCCUACAAAACCUGCUGUAAUUUCACUGCGAUCAGCAUAUUCAUUUUAUUAAGCCCAUUAAGCCCAUAUUUUGGACCAAAUAUCCCUAUUAGCACUUAUCUAAUGAGAAGCAAAGCACAACAACCUAAAGAAUUCCAAGUAAUUACAAUCUAAAUAUUUCGUAAAGCAUUCGCACACAAGAUGCAAAAUCCAGAUUCAGAUUUGAAUUUAAUCUGAUUUGAAUAUACUAUAAACUCAUGAAUAAUGCAUAUGUUGAUCUUUUUAUUUUAAUCUUUGUCAUCCUGAACAUGCGUUUCACCCUCCUGCGCUGUUGUUUAUUUAAUCAGGUCAUGUGUCACAAUGUCAGUAGUCGAUAGGAUCUGUUUUCUCGCCCUGUUAUUCCUUUUUUUUGGGAGGGUUUUUGGUUUAGUUUGUUUUAUCGUGGCUUCUGCAGCCGCUGGAUCUUGUUGACCUGUUCCUGUCAACAGCAAUCAGCAACACCUCCGAGCAGGUGUUGACUGCUGUUUACAUUUCACUAUAUAAUCUAUCCCCUCACGUCCCCGCACGGCAGCGCUGUUGGGUGGAACACACAGAUUGGCAUAACACCCUUUAACCUAUUGAACUUGCAACUUAUUGUCUAUUUCUUAAAAUAAAAACAACAAAAAAAAACUUAAAGUAGAAGUUUGACAAAAAGAAAAUGUAAUGAACAUCCUUGACAUCAGGAUCAUCUUUGGUUUAGAAUAGGAGAUUUUUAUUGGCUACUAAUGCCAAAAAAAGAAUGGACUUUCACUGUCACCAAUCUCAACCAGGGGCCCGAAAACAUGAAAUAUCUCCUAAUUUAUUUCAU